AACCGUAAUACUACUUGGUACGCAACUGCAUUCAACACUGUUCGAGAACAUGAAGCCGACCACCAGGCGGGCGGGAGCUCGGCUGCCUUCCGGUGGAGCGGCCCCCCCCCUGCUCUUGCCCCCUUUCGCAUCGGACUGGAGAAGUGGCCCGCAUUGGGGAAUGCGCCUUGUCAGGCAGACUCAUUACUUGCCCUGUCCGCUGGGAAUGGUAAUGCCGGCUAUUGCCCCAAAAAGGCCAAACGUGGUCAUGCCGUACCACGACGCCAAAUAUCCCGCGCACACACACGCAGGGAGACAAGCACGACAAGACUCGCUCGGCCAUGGGCGUUUGUGUGCAUCGUUCGGCGCCCAUCUGGACCCUGCCGGUGCCGGCGCCAAGUCGUCGUCUCCUCCUCCUCCUCCUCCUCCUCCUCCCUUCUCCAAAAGGGAGCACCGGGCCGGGCGCGCGAUAGCUUACCCCGUUGCUCCAUGGCCCCCCGGGCCCAUGCCCCUCUGUCGCCUCCGCGCAUGAAAUGCCCCCUUCCGUCCUAGUCAGUGGCUCGAUAGGGCCAGCACGCACGGCUCCCAUGAUGCAUCGUAGCUCUGGACAAGGUCGACGAUGUCUUGGGCUCGCUCGGGAUCUACGGGGCCGCCCUGAGUCCGACCGGAUUGCUCGAUCUACUAUUGACUGGGGGGGCCCACGGAGAAGGGGGUCCGUCCAUCCAUGCAUUCGCCAAGAGUCGUCAAGUCGUCUCUAAUCACCAUCGUCAACGGCGGCGACGUUGUUUACAGGCGAGUGCCGCUCCUCGGCUGCCGUUUGCCGUUCUGCCGUUCGUCUCACACCCCCCCUCCCCUCCCCGGACGUCUCUGUAUCCUGACGCGCCAGCGUGGCUCCAUACAGCUAUCAAAGUCCUCGGGGUCCGGAGUGCCAUGCCAUAUGCAUGAUCUGCCGUCCGUCUCACGAGUUGAUAUCUUCAGGAGUGACUCAGCGUAUCGAUCGCUGGGCCGAGGCUGCGUCCAGUCUCGCCGUCGAAAACGAGCCGCAAGUUUCAUCGCAUGUGUCCAGACAGAGGGGCUGAGAUUGAUCUACGCCGAUAGUCUGGUGACAGAAGGUUCUAUAAGACGUUCUGCCGCGAGCUGACUCGGACUCGAGUCAUCUCAUCCCAUCUCAUCAAUGCACCAGCACAGCACAGCACAGCACAGCCUGUAGCAUCAUGCUCGUCAGUCCGUCCAAGGCACUUACUUGGGCGUGGCUGUUGGCUGCCACAGCCAUUGCCCAUCUUCGGCGGCUCUUUUGGCGUUGGCAUUUGGGUUUGGCGCCAGCGGCCGACCCCACCUGGUGCUUUGCAUGGAAGCCGCUAAAGGUUCUUUAUUACCACGUACGUACAACUGCUAGAUUUUCUGAGCGGUCGUGGAGGCGGCUGUGUGAUGGCGCGAGAGCCGGACAGUGCAAUAUCUUGGGUUGGCCAAGGUAGAAUGAACGAUGGUGCGAAUUACGCAGCCACGCGAGCAACGACGGCGAGGAAACAACAUUCGUAUUGCAACAUUGGUUAUUUUAUUUCGUCCUUUGUACAUGCAUCACCAUCGUCGUCAUCGCAAUCAUCAUCAUCAUCAUCAUCAUCACCACCCACCAAUUGCUGCUGCUGCCGGUGCUCGCUAGACCCUGCCGCCGCCAUGCGACCGUCUUUCACAGGUGGGUAUGAUCCAAUUAUUUGGGCUGCCCCGUUCUGGCUGCACCGCCUCAUCGCAGGUCGGCGCCCCCGACCGCCAGCGGGUGCUUCUGGCGGGCGCCAUUGGCCGCGGCACCUGCAGCCCGUCACCCCAAGGUGGCACCUACCUCAUGUCCAUCUGCUACGUACAGCCCCGUGGAUCAGGCAAGUCAGGCCAGCGACAAGACGCGUCUGGGAUGGAGAGGUACCGGCAAGCUCUCUGGUUCGAGAUACCACGGAACGCGGACUCGCCGCGGGCUACCAACCCACACCUGGGUACCGCCUUAUCUAGGCCGCCAGUGUCCCGCGCUGAGGCCAAAGUCGUUCAUCACCGCCGUCGGUGUCCCCCACCACGCCCCCCCACUCCCGCACUGCAGGCGCACCUACUCCUGGCAGUCGAUGGAGCUCCAGCCCGUCCCUCCUUCCUCCCCCGACUGUCACCCGUCUCACCUCGUCUGAGGUGCGCCAGCAGCGGUUGCAGCACCUGUUCGCGCCCGCGCCAGUCACCACCUCAGUCAUCGUCGUCCCGCCGCCGGUCGCCUUUCGCCUUCGAACCCCCCCUCCAUCUCUCCCAUCCCGUCUCCAACUGCCACGGCCGGCGCCAGCCCUACAUCUCGCCCUACCUUGUCCUGCCAUCGUAUCGCAUCGUCUUCGCCUUUCGCAUCCCGAUGCGGCUUAACCUGCGCGUCCCUGGACUGCAACCGCAAACACAAAGCCGAAUACCUGCCCUCGCUCUGUCCACUCUCACGCGCGCGACUGGACCGGCCGAACAGACUCCCUCUCCCCGCGCACCACCGUCCACGAACGGCAGCAAGCACCAGCCAUCCCGCGUCUUGGCCCGCAACGUCCUGACCUCUCGCACCCUUCGGACUGCGACGAGGUUCUCUCGCCGUGACUUCCCGUGCCUCGCGCACACCCAGAGCCCUCGCAGCAGUGGCCUCUUGCUCCGACCAGCCAGCACAGCCAGCGCAGCUUGA